AAACGGAGAGUCCUGCAGGGAAUCAUGUUGUCUCGGCAGAGUUUACUUUUGAAUCAUGUCGCCUGCAGGAACACUAUUCUCAGAUGCUGCAGUAAAAAGGCUUUCCAGGAUAAGAACCAUGUUGCCCCAGUUCCAAAUCCAGAUGAAAUACAGGAAGAGCAUGAUCGGCCUCUCCCAGUUAAGAGGAAGAUACGGACCAAAGUCACUACAACCCUGUUAAAUGUCAUGUUUAAGAGAUUUGAGAAAUUACUGGAAGACACUGUGCCUCGCAAAUUGUUUAAAAAAUACACGUGGGCCAAGGAUGGUAUGUUUGAUCUUAAAGAAGAUACAAAGAUAUAUUUUGAUGUCAGCAAGCGGAUAAAUAAUGGUGACGAAUUCAGCACAUUUACAAGAAAAGAGCUAUCUGUCUACAAUGAGUUGCCCCUGGAGAUGAAAAAAGCAAUUCCUUUAAUUGUACUUUGUGCAGCACCAUUCGGAUUUUUUUUCCUACCUGUGAUGUUUCUGUUCCCUAAAUAUACUCUAACGAGCCACUUCCUUACGGACCAGGAGCUACGGCAUGUACACACUAGGAGACUAUAUUGGAGACUGCACUGUUUUCCUAUGGCGAUGGACUGUCUAAAAAUACAGAUCAGAAUGAUAACCGACCAGCAGCAGGCUUAUAACGCCCUCAGGUCUCUUAUUAUAAAGACAGAACAUGGUUCUCAAAUUUAUGCAGAUGAAAUUUUACCAUCUACAAGAGGAUUUUCCAUCGACCACUCAUAUAGCAGGUUUUGGAGCCUCAAAAGGCUGUACUGGUGGCAGUUGGCAAAUUCAUUUGGAAUGGGCCGGAACCAUGGGAAGGUGUACAACCAAAUCAUGUCCGUACACUAUAUAGAUAUGUGUAUUGUGAGAGAGGGCCUAGAAAAUAUUUCUGACAGGGAUCUACAAACGGCAUGUUAUGUCCGAGGGUUGAAUGCAGAUGGUCUGACGCGGGAGGAGCAGGAGGAUUUUAUGAAGGAGUGGCUCGAGGUCAGCCUCCAUUCCAACAGUGGAAAUAUCAGUAUGCUACUUCAUACCAUAGUGUUCCUCAACUAUGACGCCCCAACAAAUGUGAACCUCAUGCCGCGGUGGUUCUGGAAGAAGAGGCUAAGAGUAUCUGAGCACUGAUGUUUGGGUUUAACUAGGGAGGGGAUUAGAACAAUAUGUACAAGAACCAGUCUGUGUCUGCAAGUGGGCUCACUACUGUGAUAAAAGUUUAAAACAUUUACUUCUAACUGACCCCCUGGGCUGAUGGGCGGCGAAAAAAACGGGCAAUUAAAUUAAAUAUUUCAAAAUUCAGAUGACCAUUAAGGCCCAUGGGCCUCUUGUUUUCAAAACUUACAAAAUUUCUGUAACAAAGUACUACUCAUUAAUUUGAGGACUAUUCCAGUUAAAUAUCUUCCCAACAAGGGGACUCUAGGUUUAUCAACAGGAACUACCAACAGAUGUGAUUUGAUUUACACAUUACCAUAUAAUAAAACACAUUUUCUUACACACCAACCAUACAUAGAUCAAGUUUCUUCAUUUCUAGAGUCCUCUGAUAUGGUUUAUGUUUUAAUUGAAAGCUUACAUUUGUAACACCAAUAAGUCUUUCUUAUGGGAAAAAUUUGCAAAAAUUUCUAGGAAUGUACCAUAACAAUGCCAAAAUCUUAUAUUUUUUAAAAAUAAUGAUUUGUGACUGAAAAGAAUUUCAUUUCAUGAUUACUCAAGUAUUACAUUUUCAUGAUAGUCAUAAAAGAAGUCCCUAUUAUCAGUCUGCUUGUAGAUAUAUAGCUAUCAUUGGUAACAUUGGCGGGAGAUUUGUUUGUCGCUAUAUUAGUGUUAAUUCUAAUAUAUAGCGCAAAAAUAUAAAUACCAAGCAAAUUUUUACGCAUACAAACAAAUUUACAGAAGUGUUUACCAUGUAAACCAGGCAUGGCUGAAAAAAAUCAAAUACAAAUGUAGGUAGUGUAUAUAUGCGAACUGGGUCCAACUGGGAUAACUGCAAAAUAUUCGCCCUGUAAGUUUACCCAAACCUUUAUACUGUGUAGCUUCAUUACUAAUGAAGAAACAGAAACGGAGCAAAACCUGGUGAACAUUUCAAACAAUGUUUAUCUAGAAUUAGAUUAAUUGCUAUUUUUUGGUUUUGCCUAAUUUAGUAUAAUGUGUAGAACACAUUGAUGUCCUGAUGAUACACAUAUAUUCUUUAAUCUGUUAAUUGUUGAUUUUAAAUUACUGUUAUGUCAAAUAUUAGUCUAACCUUAAUACGGAAAGCCGUCCAGAUUUAGACUGUGAACGUUCAUGUUUAUUUUAGCCCUUUUGUGCUGAAAGCUUUCUGUAAAAUUAUCUGUUUAAAUACAUACAAUUUGUAUAUGGUUGCAUGAUAAUAUUUGAGUAGUCUAUGCCAAAAGAAGUUUGCUUUAAUAAUAAUGGCCGUAUUUGAACUAUCUGACCUUCUGAGAAAGAAAAUUUGUUUUCCAACAUUUCAAAUUAUAAAUUCUAAUGGGGUCACAUGAGUACCAGGUUUGUAAAUUACAUGUUGUACAAGUGUACUUCAUAGAUCCCAGACUUAAGAUUGUGACAAUAUACAAAUAUGUUGGUUCUUAGAUAAACAUUUCACAUUUUACUGGUGUUUUAUAACGUGGCAUUCAGAGAUAUCUUGAGAUGUAUUUUCCAGCUGUGACGGGGCGUUCCAUGUCCAUGAGUGCGCGAGUGUAAGCGAGAGAGAACUGUGAGAUGUAAACAGUGUCGAGUUGUUUUGUGUGAUAUUUGAACCGUUAAUAAUUAUUAAACCUUUGAAAAAAUGGAA